AUUGCAGUAAUCUUUUCAUAAUUUCUGUACAAACUAAAGAAGCAAUGAAUCUACUCUACUUAAUACUGGCAAUUCCUUGUGGUGUUGUAGCAUCAAUAUACGCAUGGAGGUUCUUGAAGUGGGCGUGGCUUACGCCGAAGAAGCUCGAAAAAUCCCUCCGGCAGCAGGGUUUCAAUGGCAAUCCUUACAAAUUCCUGCUUGGAGACUUGAAUGAAAUCAUGAAGAUGGAGAAAGAAUCUCUCUCCAAUCCCAUCUCUUUCUCCGAUGAUUUCCUACCUCGAAUCAUGCCCUUCGUGCACAAAACUCUUACUAACUACGGCAAGAACUCUUUUGUCUGGUUUGGAACCGAUCCUGCUGUAUUUAUCUGGGAUCUUGACAUGAUCAGAGAGAUUCUGUCGAAACCUCUCAUCUUCCAGAAGCCGAGUAAUCCAACAGGCGAAGUCUUGGCGAAAGGAUUAGUGAGCUACGAAGGCGAUAAAUGGGCUAAGCAUAGGAGGUUGAUCAAUCCUGCAUUUCAUCUUGAAAAAAUAAAGAAAAUGGCUCCAUCAUUCUACAUGAGUUGUUGUGACAUGUUGAGUGAAUGGGAAAAGAUGGUACCAAGUGAAGGAGCAUUUGAGUUAGAUGUGUGGCCUUAUCUCCAAACCUUAACCAGUGAUGCUAUUUCGCGCACUGCAUUUGGCAGUAGCUACGAACAAGGAAGGAAGAUAUUCGAGCUUCAGAAAGAGCUAGCUUCCCUUCUCAUGAAGGCGACUAUCUCAUUUUUCAUCCCCGGAUUCAGGUACUUGCCGACGAGGACGAAUAGAAGGAUAGACCAUAUAAGGAAGGAAGUGGAAUCACUCUUGCUUGAUCUGAUUGAUAAAAGAAUGAAGGCGAUUGAAGCAGGGGAAGCCAUUACUGAUAACCUAUUGGAUACAUUGCUUGAAUCCAAUUUCAAGGAAAUACAACAAAAGGGUAACAAGUUUGGAAUGAGCUUGCAGGAUGUGGUUGAAGAGUGUAAGCUUUUCUACAUUGCCGGACAGGAGACAACCGUGGCCUUGCUCGUGUGGACUAUGAUUCUACUUGGCAAGCACACGGAUUGGCAGGACCGCGCACGAGAGGAGAUUCGCGGAGCCUUUGGAGGCAGACAGCCGGAUUUCGAAGGCCUAAAUGCCCUCAAAACUGUAAGCAUGAUUCUUGAUGAGGUUGUAAGGUUAUAUCCACCGGUAUUCAUGGUUGGUCGGAGAACUCACAAGGAAACUGCAAUCGGAGAUCUGAUCAUACCUGCCGGAGUGAACCUCAUACUGCCUUCACUUCAGCUGCACCACCACCGCCAAAUAUGGGGCGACGACGCAGACGAGUUCAAACCAGAGCGUUUUAGUGAAGGAGUUUCUUCCAAGGCCAAGGGGCAGCAGCUUAAGGAUUUCCCUUUUGGUUGGGGACCUCGGAUUUGCAUUGGCCAAAACUUUGCUAUUUUAGAAGCUAAAAUGGCAGUAGCCAUGAUCUUGCAGCGUUACUCCUUUGAGCUUUCACCAUCUUAUUCUCAUGCCCCUACCGCUGUGCUGUUUCUUCAACCCCAACACGGCGCCCACUUAAUUCUGCGCAGAUUAUAGUUAGCUACGCUUCAAAGUUUUCAUUAAUUUGUUGAUUGUGGUAUUUUAUAAACAUUGUGUGUGAAUGGAGUUUAAAGUAUAAAGGGGAUUUCUAAAAUAAGAAAACACACAAUCUUUGUGGACGGACGAAAAUAGUAAUAAACACAUCAUCUUCGUCGGAUGGAGUAUAUUUUUGUGGAAGAUGAAUAUUAGUACAAGUUUGGAUUUUUUUAAUAGCUAUGCUUUUGGGGUUAUUCGCAA